AUGGACGAAGAUACUCCAAUUAUUUCAAAUACUAAUCAAACAGAACAAGCGUCUGAUCAUACAAUGACCAGUGAUACCCAACAACCAAAUAUGUUUUCCUCUGUAAUUGUUCAAGAGAGUGAUAAUGAACAGAAUCCAAUUGCUAAUGUUACGAAUGAAAUGAUUAUUGAUAACACUGGUACUAAUGUUUUAAAUGUAGUUGGAGAUACAAGUAGUUUUUUUGAAGAUUCAAAAAUGGAUGUAACAUCGAAAGGAAGUGGUGGCAUUCAAACAAAUCUUGUAGAUAUUGAUCCAUCAUUACAAGCUGUUGUUGCGUCGUUAACUGAAUCAGAAAUGGCUGGAUUUAUUGAAGAAUUAAAUAAAACUGGAAAAGCAUAUCUACCAAAUCUUGGUCAAACAAUUGAAUUAUUAACCGUUGAUACUCCGACCAACAUCGUAUCAACAACUGCAACGUCACUUUCCACCCAGCCAAACGUAAUUCCUUCGGGUGUAACAAACUCAUCGAUAACUGUCGGACAACAAUCAGCUGAAUCUCUGCUCGAUGAUUUAACAUCCUUAAUACAAUCACCACCCGCAGGAAAUUUAGAAUCAUUAUUAACGAAUGCAACAUCGAUUCAAAAUCCGAAUAAUUCAACAAAUCCACGUAUUCAAUUAGCCAAUGUUCGUUCACAAUCAACAAAUUAUAUUCCACAACAACGACACUAUACAACAACAUCAUUUUAUAAUACAAGUACGGGUACUACGCAAACGGGGCGACAGCCAGUUGUCGCUUCGACUUACGGCGGAACACCUGUCGUCAAUAAUAAUCGACCAGGUACAGCGUUAAAAUCAACGAUUACUGGAGGUAGUAUACGAAAACCACAGCAACAACAAGAUGAAAAUCGACAAACAACGUCUACUGGUGGUGCUGGUGAACGAUUAUUUUUUGGACGUGCCGGUGGUCAUCCAUCAUCUAUUGGAACUCAGUCAUAUCAAAAUCGAACAGGUCUAAUCCCACAAGCAUCAUCGAUACCACCUGUUCGGCGAUCGACAAUGGCUACGGAACAACGACGCCCAGUAUCAUGGUUUCCUUCUCGUAUUCGUCGUCAUUCGGAUGAUGAUAACGACGGAGAUUCACCAAAUGAAUCGUACGGUCCUACGCGUCGUUCUGCUCGCAUUCCGAAGCCGAAACAAGAUGCUGAUUUUGUAACAUUUCCAUUACUUGAUCGUGAAGAACAAGAACGCGAACAAAAUUUAAAUUCAAUGAGUUUACAAACGAGAGGAACUCUGACGGCCAGUGAAAACGAUGUUAUCGACGAUGACGACGCUACGUACCGUGCUUCAACAACUCUCAAUGAAAAUAAUAAUCGAACGAAUACCGCACGUCGUCCAAGAACGGUGGCCGAAUUGCGUAGUAGUACAACAACAGGAACUAAUAAACCCCGUGAUUCUAUUGAUAAACAACGUUGGCUUGACGAUGAACUAUUUCAUAUUAAAUCGUACGUGCCACUCAUAAUGCCACAACAAAUAACAUCACCGCAAACAAUGAAAAACAAAGCGACUAUGUGUAAACCAAUUGUGAAUGAUAAAGAAAUAGAAUGUAAACCACUAAAAAAUUCAAUGGCAACACAAACCGAAUCUCAAUAUUUGAUUGGAGAUGUACCAUUGGUGACAUUGCCUGUUCCGAUCUAUAUGCCAUCACCUGUACCCACGUAUCGUUUAUUCAAACCAACAGCACUUCCUAUACCUGUUCCGGUGCCUGUGCCGAUUCUAAUACCAAUAACGGGAAAAGCAUUUAAAAAUAUUCGCGAUUAUGUUCAAUCACAACGCGAUUUGUUGCCCGAUGAUCCAUAUGAAGCAGCUCUCAUAUUACAUGCUGAAAGUUUAGUUCGUGCUGAAAAUCAAACAGUCACAACAACAACAACUGAAAAAAACGGGCACCAUAUCACAUCAACAACAGAUGACGAUAUGAUGGACAUAAACAAUGAAUAUCAUCGGACUGAUUCGUUUAUGAGUGAUAUACGUUCAAAUAUUCCAGUGGUGGACAAAUUACCUGAACUUGAUCUAGAAGGCCAUUACAUCGAUCCACAGACCUCAUCUGAUCCGGAAGUACAAAAAUUACUUCGUAUGUUACCUGAUGCCGGUUAUCGACUAAAAUGGACAUAUGGUAUUGAAGCAUUUUCACAAUGGUGUGCACAAAAGAACAAUUCGAUCCUUUAUCGUACAGGAGAAGAAACAGCAACUGAUAAAAAUAAUCAAUUUUAUAAACAAGAUAUUCUCACUUAUCAUGGCGAUGAACUCAAUAGAGCUUUGGAACUAUUCGUACAAGAAGUUCGAAGACCAAAUGGUGAACAAUACUUACCUGAGAGUAUUUACUAUCUUUGUCUAGGCAUUCAGUUUUUUCUGAAUAUAAAUGGACGUCAAACAGAUAUUUUUGAUCCACGCUAUAGUGAAUUUAAUUCGGCAUUAUACGCAAUUUUGCAACAUUAUAUACCACGUAAACAAAGAGAUUCAAAUACAAUAGUAUCAAUAAUUGAUGAAGAUAUCCUAUAUGAUUGUCAACAAUUAGGUACAAUAAAACCAUGGCCUUUAUUGACAACAUUGCUGUUUCAAAAUAGCAAAUAUUUCAAUCUGAAAACUGUUGACGCGCAUACUACAAUAUCAUUUGCCAAUUUCGGAAAAUAUGCACAAUGGAUUCGAACACCGAAUAACCAAAGUCAACAUAUGAAUUAUUUAAGAUUUUAUGCGAAUAAUGAUGAUCUGAAAGCAUUAAUUAAUGCACCGAUUGUUUACGAAAUAACGGAACUAGCAGAUGAUCCAGGACGUUGUCCUAUAAAAAGUUAUGAUUAUUAUGUAUCAAAAUGUCCGGAAUCAGUACGACAGAGUGCUGAUUUAUUUUAUCUUCGUCCAAUAAGUGGUCAACAAUUAUCUGAGAACUCGUUAUGGUUUACAAAUGAACCAUUAUUACCAGCAAUAAUUGAUCAAAUUUUAGAACGACUAAGAUUAAUACCAGACUUUUAUUUACAAACAACACCGGUUGAUACAACCAACAAUAAUAUAACUUAA